GAGAGCCCCAGCCCGCAAAUCCCCCGCCUCCGCCCGACGACCGUCCUCGACGACCACGACACCGACGCCAGCAUGCAGGCCGUCGCUCGCGCACCGGGCCAGCAGCAGCCCGUCAAGAUCUACAAUGCCGUCUACUCGUCCGUCCAGGUCUACGAAUGCAUGGUGCGCGGUAUCGCGGUCAUGCGCCGCCGCACCGACUCGUACGUGAACGCGACCCAAAUACUCAAAGUCGCCGGCGUAGACAAGGGACGCCGUACCAAGAUUCUCGAAAAGGAGAUCCUGCCAGGGAAACACGAGAUCGUGCAGGGUGGGUAUGGCAAAUACCAAGGCACAUGGAUUCCCCUCGAGAGGGGCCGUGACAUUGCGGUGCAGUUUGGCGUCGCGCCUCUGCUUGCGCCUCUUUUCGACUUUGUCCCAAAUGCUAACGCUCUUGGGGGGCUUCCCGCCGGGUUGCCGAAUAUAACCUCUGGAAACUUCGUGCCCGCUGGUCUCGCACCCCCACCGAUCAUGCCAGGUUCUGCUCUUCGUUUGUUAAAUCAGGGGCGCGCACAAGGCUUAUUUACACCUUCAACCUCAGCCGCGUAUCAACAGCAUACAGUCAAUGUAUCUCCCACACCACCCCCGCCCUCUCUCAAACGCUCGCGGUCAGACGUUGACGGCGAGUCUUCCCCUGCUUCCCCGAACCUAGCUUCUCAACAAACACCGAAUCAUAUUGAAUCCCCUGAUAUUCAAAUGGUAGAACAAUCACGACCGUCUUCAUCAUCGCCGCAGAUGGGCGGUGCGGGCCCGUCCAAGCGCCCACGAUUGGACCCGUCACCCUUGCAAGCAGACACAACCAUAGACCCUACCCUUGCUGGCAUGCACGAUCUGCGCGCUGCCACGCCUACAAUGGUCAACGGAGUCUCGCGACCAGCCAGCUCUCAGUCCCUCCUGAUGAAUGGUAAGCCCGACGGACAGGUCGAUCCCGAGGUCCUCGAGAUCCGCUUCGCGUCUAAGCCAUACAUACCGAGGACAACGGAUGCGGCGGCGCCACUGCGCGACCCGCGAAGAGCGGCCAUCGUCACCGCCAUCUGCAGAGGCGACGAGCCGCUGCCAAUCAUUGACCAGAUACGCGACAUCGGGCCAGACAACCCUGCGCUACAGGUAGACAUUGACCUCGUCCUAGACGACCAGGGACACACCGCGCUGCACCUAGCGGCGAGCAUGGCGCGGCACGCGAUCGUGAACGCGCUCAUCGCCAAUGGCGCGGACGCGCACCGCGGGAACUACAACGGCGAGACCGCGCUCGUGCGUGCAUGCCUUGCCACGCAUAACGCCGAUCAACAGAGCUUCCACAUGCUCGUUGUGGCGCUGCACCCAUCCAUCCGUACUCUCGACUCAUCGAAGAAGUCGGUGAUACACCAUGUCGUCGCGUCUGCGGGCGUGAAGGGGCGUGCGUCGGCGGCGAGGUAUUACCUGGACCAGAUAUUCUAUUGGAUCGCGCAGCACCAGGCAGGCGAGUUCCGUUCGAUCGUGGACCUGCAGGACGAGCAUGGCGAUACUCCGCUCAAUAUCGCUGCAAGGGUCGGGAACCGGAGUUUGGUGAGAACGUUGCUGGAUGUGGGUGCAAACCGGAUUUUGCCCAACAACCUUGGCCUGCGACCUAGUGACUUCGGCGUCGAGACGGAGGAACUUGGUGGUGGACCUCGUGCAGAGGACAUCCUGAACUCACUUCGAUCUGGGCCCUCAGCACCCGUUUUGAAGAGUCAAGAUGUUUUAGCUGAGAUGACGACCAUGGUCCAAAUGCUGGGAAACGACUUCUCAGCGGAGAUCAAGACGAAGCAGGAUGCGCUCGACGUCACACAGGCCCACCUCCGCGCAGCGACACGUGAGCUCUCUGAGCAAAGGAAGCAGAUACAUUCUUGGACACAGCGUUGCGGUGAGAUGGACCAGGUGAACCAGCGGAUACGGAACCUCGAGAAAGCGCUCCAGGAGGAGGACGAAUUCGAAUGGACGGGCAGAAGAGAGCUGGAUGGCUCAGACGCCGGCCCGGUAGCCGGACCCGCGUUCCGUCUGCGAGGACCGACGUACACGAUGACGGGCGCAGGCCCGGUCGACCUCUCGUUCAACUUGGAUGCUGAGCCGCCGAUGCCGACGGUGGAUUCUGUACCAAGCCUGAUCAAGUUGCGGAGGAUGAAGAUGUGGCAUGACCGGACGGAGCGGAUGAUGGAUGCGAGACUCCGGUCCUUGCAGGGCGCGAGUGCGGAGAAGGAGUUUCAGUGUAAGAAGAUCGUGGCGCUGUGUACGGGCGUUCCGAUUGACAAGGUCGAGGAGAUGCUCGAGAACCUUGUCGUUGCGGUCGAGAGCGAAGCCCAGAUUGUGGAUAUCGGCCGUGUAUCAGGGUUUAUGCAAAAGGUCAAGAAUGGAGUGCUAUGAUGAGCAUUCUGUAUGUACCGGACUUUUUCUUCGGGUGCUCGUUCCAUGUUUCUGUUUCUUGCAAUGUACCAUACACUGCAUGCAUGUUCGGCCAUAAGUGCAUAAUUUUUUUCGUGGCUACCCCUCCUUUCCGCGCGCUUCCAAUGGUGUGGUGUGCCUGAGUGACCUCGUCUGGGGCCUCGAAGUCUCAGAUAUUAAUAAUCAGAAGUACUGCAGC